AUGACUGAUCUCGGGCACCGAAUGGAAGAUGACCAAGAACAAAAUUAUAAUCACCUGAUACUAGACAGUGCCACCCAGACACCUACACAUGACAAGCCACGAAUGAACAACAUCCUCACUUCUGCCACCGAACCCUACGACCUGUCCUUCUCCAGGUCCUUCCAGAACCUCUCUCACCUCCCACCAUCCUACGAGUCUGCUGUCAAGACAAACCCAAGUAAAUAUUCAUCUCUGAAGAGACUAACUGACAAGGAGGCUGAUGAGUACUACAUGAGGAGGAGGCACCUGCCCGACCUGGCGGCGCGGGGGACGCUCCCCAUCAACGUCAUCAAGAUGUCCCAACAGACCAACCACCGGGACAGGCCCCGCCGCCCCAUCCGGGCCAUGUCCCAGGACAGGGUGCUGUCCCCUGAGAGGAUCAUGCCCGAGGAGUUCAGCAUGUCCUACGAGCGGAUCCUGUCAGAUGAGCAGCUGCUGUCGGCCGAGCGCCUGCACUCGCAGGACCCGCUGCUGUCCCCGGAGCGCUCGGGGUACCCCGAGCAGUCCAUGUCCCGGGCGCUGUCCCACACGGAUGUCUUUGUGUCCACGCCCGUCUUGGAUCGCUACAGGAUGUCAAAAAUGCACUCCCAUCCCAGUGCCUCAAAUAACUUGUACAACACUCUGGGGAUGACCCCCACCUCGGCCAAGCGCCAGGCCUUCGCCUCGCGCCGCCACAACACCGUGGAGCAACUGCAUUACAUCCCCGGCCACCACCACCACUACCGCACGGCCAGCAAGACUGAGGUGACUGUGUGAUAGGACCUCGGGCCUUGUACAUACUCUGUAAGGACUGGGGUGGCCACAGCACCCCGCACUGCAGUGGCCUUAUAGGCCAAGGUAACCUCUACUAACUCAGUGUCUGCAAAGACUUCUCUGACAGUCCCAUCCACGUUGUUUUUUAAAGCCACCCCUUCAUCGGUGACAUGAGAAGAACCCAAGCAAGCCAACAGACAGUAGUGAGGGAUAAUAGAGGAAAUUUUCCUGAUGUGCAUCAGUUUCUGUCAAAGAAAGCCAUAGUAAUCGAUGGCUCCUUCCAAGGGCUCACCUGCAUCAUCUCAUUGUCCCCACCAAUUUAGGACUCUUCCGUUGCUCCAGGUAGAAGCAGUCCCAUGCAGCCCGAGGUAGAGAGGAGGAAACACAGCACCCCAUUCUGUCAGGAAGGGGCUUGUCCUCAUGUCUGGCCUUUCUGUAGCAAGGAGGGAAGCUCUGGCUGCUCGGGUCUCCCCCAGGCUGCUCGACACCAGUCAGCACCCACACAUCUGUUCCUUGUCACCCUUGGAGCAAGUUCAAGGGCAGACUUUCCUUGGGAACUGGCAGAUUUAGGGACAAGAAUAGCCUGGCUGAGAAAUAAACUUUUAGUUUAUAUGAAAUAUACUCAUAAGAUACAAACAUACUAGUGCCUACAAAUCGCCUGCUCUCUCAGUGUAGGAAGUAGUGGGGUUGAUGUGUUCAAUAAGCACAAAUAACGCUGAAAUGCUUGUUAGACCCUUUCCUCCACUCAUUCUAAUAUCUUGGUGUCUCCAACAUGUAAAUAGGAAGGAGGAACAGGGUUUCUCUUCCUCCAGCUUCUUGCCACUGCUGAACCUAUGGCAGCAGAAGUCAUUCAGCUUCGCCGUGCUGAGCUGUGCUGGGGAGGUCCCGACUGCAACGAGAGCCCUGCCAGGCCAGGCUUCCACCCCUGCCCCUGAGCCUGGAUCUCUCCCCACAGCCUUUCCCUGAGAGCAUUUUCCACUGGCCCAGGUCCCCUGUUUCUGAACACGAUUUCUCCUCUCAGUUACAACCCAGAACUCCUUAUGUAGCAAAUCUGUCCCCAGCCCUCAGCAGAAGCACAAGGCUGGAGGUGUCUCUCUGCCCAAGAGCAGGUUGGGAAUUUUCCAUGAUUUUUCUCUCCACGUGAUGGCCUCCCAAGAAAACCUUCCAAAUUCCAAUUCCACUGAGUACCAAUCCUAAACAUGAAGACAGUUACAUUUCAUGCAUAUAAAUUAUAUAUCCAGCAUAAUUAUAAUUAAUGGGCAUGUUGUAUAUCUGAUAUAAUGCUAAUUAGAUACUGUAUAUUUGUAAAAUCUUUAAAACAGAGACUCGUGGGUCCAGAAUUUGUGAGGGUUUCAUCCUUGGCUUUCCAGCCAGAUUGGGCUUUGCUUUGUGGUUUUUUUUGGUGUUUUUGUUUGUUUGGUUUGUUUGUUUGUUUUAGGAUUUGUUUUGGUUUGGUUUUGGUUUGUUGGAUUUGGGUUUGGUUUUGCUUUAUUUUUUUUUCCCUUUUAUUUCUGUUGCUAUCAAAUUCCGUAGAACUAACUCACAUUACAACACACUUCUGUAGCCAGGGAAGGGUCUCAGAGGUUUGGAAGCCCAGCCAGACCCAGUGCUGUAAGUCCUGGUGCUGGACCCUGUCCAUGGUGUGCCCUGGGGGUCCCACCCCAUGCUGUCCACGCUGCCCGUCCCACCUGUGGCCACGUUCCCUCCUCUGGGUGACAUGACUGAUUCAGGCUGUAAGAACAUUCCUGGACACUUCUCCUCAUGUCCUACAUUUUCAACCAAGUCUUUUCCUACAUUAAACCUCACUGAACUCAGCUCUGCCCUGCUCCCUCCCCUCAAAUACCUCCUGCCUCCUGGCCUUAAUGGUGUUCCCAGCCACACAUCAAGUCCUGUAGCAAACAAUGGUUGCAAUGGUCGUAAGUUGGGAGCUUGAGUCUCCUGUGGAGGUUUCUGAGUCUCCUGUGGAGGUUUCUGAUGCAGCACCAGGUUUGUCAGAGUAGGCAGGAAGAGCACAUGUCCUUACCCCGGUGGGAUUUAGAGGCAGGCCUUUCUCUUUCCCAGGCUGUCCUGAGUCUGUUGGUAUGAGUUCCAGAGCUUUAUUGUGCCCCAUCAGAUGGAGACUCUGCUGAGAAGGAUCCAUCAGCAAGGUGCUGGGGCUUUGUUUGACGGAAACUGAGCUGGGAAGGAAUAAAUAACAGUCUCCAUGGUCCAGAUUUGGCAAAAUCAUUGGGCAAAAUCAUUCUGGGCAACAACCAGAACUGUCUGUGGAUCAGAGUGGCAGUUCAUGGCAUGAGAGGGAUGAGAGAGUAAAGGCUCACACCUCCUCUGCUGACCCUUCCCUUGAGGGACAUCACUCUCCCCUGACUACCUCCAAGCUCCUCAGCUUGCUCACUUUGCUCCCAGAAGACAAUCCCUGUGACAGUAUUGCCCUUUGCUGACCUUCCACAGACCAAUCUGUGACUCUUGUGAGGACAAGAGACACUAACAGGGCUGAUGGGGAGUCCCUGCUGAGGUUCUGGGGCUCUUCCAUUCCCUCUUGGCCCAAGAAAGGCCAGGAUUUCCCCUCUUCAGGCAGGGAGACAUGAACACUGUAGGAGAGGGGACGCCACCCCAGAGUCUGCAGGAGCUGUGGUGGCAGAGCCAGAGGAGCAGAGGUGACAGUGUGAGGCCAUGGGUAGGUGGACACUCCUCUCUUUCCAUUCCCAAAGCUGUCUGUCUCAAGCUCCAGUCCUUGUCUAAAUGUUACAUUUGCGAGCUAAGAAGCUGCUGAACCAGAUGUGUAUUUGGGAAUUUUUCCCUCAAGCAGCCCAUGCAGAUGCUGAGCUGUGCCCGUGUCAUUUGACCUUGGUGUCUUCUCUUAUUCUGCCUGGCAAAUAUCACCAAACCCUCUGCCAGUGUGUCCAACCUGGGCAAUAACCCUCCAAAGCAAAUUAAGCCCCAUUUCCUUGUCUUUUCCACCCACUCAAUUGUUUUAAGCAGAUGUGUCCCACCCUUUUUUGGGCCAAAUCUCUUCAGGGACUCUGCCACCACCACAGAAAGUUUCCAGCCAAUUUUCUUGGGAAGGAACAAUGCCCUUGAUACCAGCUGGGCACCCUGUGUUCCUAUGGCUUGCUGUAUGUGUUGGGCUGGGUUGGUAGAUGGGGCAGUGAUGUUCCAGCACACACAGGCGUUCUUUGGUUAUUUUUUGUCCUUAUUCCUCACUCUGGGAGUUUGUCCCUGAACAAACACUUGCUCUGGGACCGGGUGUUGUGUCCCACAGUUGUCCCAGAGCUUCAGUUCCCUGUGAUGAUAAUGGGAACACCUUCCCGUUCCACAGAGGGUUCAGACCGUGACGUGAAGGGCUUUGAGACCCUCUCACAGCAGAAACUGUAGAGCAGCAAAGUGUUUUUCUGACUAUUGUUUGUCACUGUCCUGACACAUUGUGUGUGAUGUAUUACAGUUGUGUCUGCCCAGAAAGGGAGUGCUGGGGUGGGGAGAUGCCACGUCCCCAGAUUCCCCAUUGCUCUCCUUCUGGCCAGGGUCCCUGGCAGGCACAGCUCCAAGGGGUGCUGUCACCUCUCUGCUUUCUCCUCCUCUUGUCUGAGUCACCACAACAUCCUGCACUUGGGAGAAAGGCAGGGAGCAGCCACAUUCCUCUGUACAGUGAAAUAGAGUCUGCCUUGAUUAAUCCAAUAUACUCUGAAGAACUGAGCUUUUUCUUCAACCCACAGGUGGAAACACCCCUGUGGAGUGUCCAGUUCCCUGAGUGCAUGUGCAGGGACCAGGGGACAGGCUAUAGAAAAGUUUGUAUUAUUUCCUAAAAACUGAUCAUUGUUUGCAUUCCCUGAGCAGCAACAGAAACCAGUGCUCUGCCCUGGGGUUUAUACACCAACCUCAUGUGUGUGUAUGUAUAUGGACACAAAUAUAUAUACACAUACACACUGCAAAAUGCAAUCAGUAAUUCUGACUGACCCUGUACCAAUCAAAGCUUCAAACUGCAUCGAAUCACUCUUUGAAAUGUGGCGAACUAUUUUUAAUGAACCACACAGAGCACCACAUGGAACAGAAUUUUGUCAUAAAAAGUCUUCUAAUGCCAGUGACUCGUGUUUUAAGGAAAAAUGAAAUAUUUUUCAAUGUUUUAAAGUUCCUUUUAUAAAUGAUGAUCUGUUAUUUGGAUAUGGGAGUGGGUGGGGAAGAAACAGGGACAGUUUUCUGGGAGCAAGCCCUCCUUUCCUGGCCUAGAUUUCAUUUCUUUCUGCUGUUCUGGAACCUGGCUGGCUGCAAAGCUGGUCCCAUGAACCUGGGCUUCCUGCAUGCAUCUUUCUGUUCCUGUGUCCAUCAGAGGCAUUCCCACCAGGAAUCUGCAAGAGCCUGGCAUGCUUUUUGUAAGAGAUGACCAGUUCCUGGGAGCUGGGACAUGUCUUCAUCUUCCACCACUGCAAACAAACUCACCAUGAAACAGGGUAACUCCAGUUGUGUUUGAAAUAUGUGUUCUACUUUGUGAUCAAUCUGCCAUUUGCAGUUCAUGUGAUGGAGAAACAGCUUGUGUUGUUUUUUGUUUCGGGUUUAGUGUUCAUGUGGAAGGAGGGACCCUGCUGAAAUAUCUCCCUCACGUACAGGUCUCGUGUUGGGGUAUAUUUCCAGUGAGUGAAAAGUAGGGGGAAAUAGGUGAGAAAGGGGCUUAAAUAUUUUCAUACAAAAUGUUGUAGCAAUAAGGCUGUGCUGGGGCUGCUCCUCAGAGAGCAGCCACUUUGUGCUGUCCAUCAGCAGACGGGAGGAGGGACCAUUCCCAGUUCCCAGAGUGGGCUCUUGGGGUGCCCUCACCAAAACCCAGCUGGGAAAGCCCCCGUGGCAGCCCAGGGGUGAGGGGGGAGCUGGGUGGUCCCUUUUGGGCGUGGUGGUGUUGAUGUGAGUGAGAUCUGUGCCCUCAGCACCCUGUGUCUCCAUGGCCACGCGAUGUCCGGGAGGUCUCCAUCCCACUGCUCCCCUGACCCUCUGCCCCCCCGUGCCCCCCUGCAAACCCCUCAGACAUUUUUGUAGCAAGAAUUUCUUGGCUCUGAGAAAGACACUUCUUACUGUAAUAUUUUUAGUUUCGGGGAACAAUAUUUCCUAAGAGGGGUUAAGUGGAUAUUUUUGUGCUUUAGCCCAGUUUAUGGAUUCCAUGUUUAUUAUACAGUAGUACUGAAGAGGAAGUACAUUUGUAUCUGUAAUUUGCACAGACUCUUGGUUAACCAUUAAACAAGCUUCAAGAUGAGCAGUAUUUGACUGUUUUUCUCUGUAUUAUUCUUGUUGUUAUACUUAACUGUAAAAGCACAUUCUGUAUGUACUGUAUACAAAAAUAUUAUCAGUUUAGUAAAAUUUAGAGUCUUAAGGAUUUUUCCACUUUUGUCAGUAACAAAUAUUUAUGGAUUAAAAAAUAAAGGCAAUUUCAACAUA